AUGGCAAACGUGUUCUUUGACAUCUCAUUUGGUGGAGCAGCUCCAAGCAGAAUCGUUUUCAAGCUCUAUGAUGACGUCGUUCCCAAGACAGCUAAAAAUUUCAGAGAACUUGCCCUUGCAGAGCACGGAAAAGGAUACAAGGGAUCCCCCUUCCACAGAGUCAUCACUGAUUUCAUGGCUCAAGGAGGUGAUUUCACAAAACAAAAUGGAACAGGAGGAAAGUCAAUCUACGGUGAGAAAUUCCCAGAUGAAAAUUUCAAACUUAAACACAACAAACCAGCACUUUUGUCAAUGGCCAAUGCUGGUCCAAACACAAACGGAUCAUAAUUCUUUAUCACCUUUGUUCCAUGCCCAUGGUUAGAUAAUAAGCAUGUAGUAUUUGGUGAAGUUGUAGAUGGAUUCCCCACCUUAGAAUUAUUAAAGAAAUAUUCCUCACCAUAAGGUAACCCAAAAAUAAACAUCUAAGUCGUUAAUUCAGGAACAUUAUGAAAAUAAAUAUACAUUCAUCAUACAAAUCAAUUCCAUUUACAUUUAAUAAAGUA